UCCCCUAUGCGCGGUGCCUCCUGGGAAUUGUAGUGUGCUGGAGGCUUCUUUGGGGGCUAGAAACCGGCAGUUUGUGAACUUGAGGGACUACAACUUCCACUAUCCAUCAUGGGGGUCCGUGGGUGGACAGCGCCCGCGCGAGCCACGUCCUACUAUUCAUGCGCCCCUCUGACAGCGACGUCUGGAAGCUGGGAGACUGUCUGCCCGUUGCCUCCCGCCGAGGUUCUGCUAGAUCCUUUCCCAUCUGGGCGUCUGCGGGCCGAGGGUCACUGUAUGGCGAAGGCCUUGGGGGACUCUGCCAUGGAGGAGCCCCUGAGGGACCCUGCCCUGCAGGAGGCUCUGGGGGACUCUGCCCUGGAGGAGGCUCUGGGGCACUAUCAGCGGAGUCUCAGGGAACGUGCCAACAGAAGCAUUCACCAACUGAAAUGUGCCCUUCAGGAAAGUGAUAUAGUUGGGGAAGAUGAAUUUGAACAUGAAGAGUCCUGUUGUGAAACCGGGACUGAGGAGAGUGGGGCUACUUGGCAUGAACUACAUCAUAGCCAUGCAGUUAGCCAACUUAAAGCCUUGUUAAAUCAGCAGAGCAGCAAGGAAAAUGAAGUAUCCUCACCAAGAAGAAGGAAAAUAUCACCUUCGAACACAGCAGAAAAUGAGAAUAACAGCUUGCCUGCCCUAUUUGAUCUUGUUCCCAUCUUUAAUGAUCAAUCCCAAUACAUUCAUCAUUUAGAGGCAGAAGUGAAGUUUUGUAAGGAAGAACUAUCUGGAAUGAAGGAAAGAAUACAUGUAGUUGUGCUUGAAAAUGAAAAGCUUCAGGAAGAGUUGAAAUCCAGAUCAGCAGAGCAGAAAAUUGAGCAUAUCUUUAUGGAUUCCUCUGGAAAUCCUCAAAAUUCCUCAAAAUGGGUGAAGCCAGUUGAUGUUUUAAGAGCAUGUCAAGGUAGCAAGUCGCAUAUUACUUCAAAUGACCCAGAACAGGUUAAAUCAACUGCUUAUGAUCUGGAAAAAUGGCAACUAGAACUUGAAAAAUUAAAACUUAUUUAUGAAGAAAAGAAUGAAAUAUUAGAAUCUCAAGUCAAGACACUGAGGAAAGACUUGUCUGAAUCUCAGAAAAAUUGUGAAGAACUCAAGGGGAGACUAAGGCAUCAAGAAUCUCUCAAUGCAGUUUCUAACCGUGUUGGUGGUCUUUGCUUAAAAUGUUCCCAACAUGAAGCUGUCCUUGCUCAAACCCAUACCAAUGCUCAUGUACAGACCAUUGAAAGACUGGCCAAGGAAAGAGAUGAAUUAAUGUCUGCGCUAGUUACAGUAAGGAAGACUUUGUCAGAGAUGCAGCAAAUGGAAUCCAAUGCCUAUGAGCAAGUGAAACAGGCUGUGCUGAUGACAGAGGAAGCCAACUUUGAAAAAACCAAGGCUUUAAUUCAGUGUGAACAGUUAAAGACUGAGCUAGAGAGACAGAAGAGUCGAUUUGAAAGAGAACUUGUAAUCCAGCAAGAGAAACGACUCAAUGAAAAGGAGGUGUUGAGACAAGAGAUGAAAAAAGAACGGGAAGAUCUGGGAGCAACGAUGCUGGCAUUAUCUCAGAAUAUGGCAGACCUAGAAGCUCAGGUGGAGAAGGUUACAAGAGAGAAGCUCUCAAUAGCUAAUCAGUUAGAAGAAGCUCAAAAACAACUGGCUUGUCAUGAUGUAGACCUGACAGAGGUGUGUGGAGAAAUGCGCUAUCAGUUGAAUCAAACCAAAAUGAAGAAGGAUGAGGCAGAAAAGGAGCACAGAGAGUACAGAACAAAAACUCUAAGGGAGCUUGAAAUUAAAGACCAGGAAAUAGAGAAACUGAAAUUAGAACUGAAUGAAAGCAAGCAGCGUAUUGAACAAGCACAGCAGGACGGAGCAAGAGCCAGAGAUGAGUGCAUAAAACUGACAGAACUGCUGGGCAAAACUGAGCACCAACUGCACCUCACCAGGCUGGAAAAAGAAAGCAUUCAGCAGAGCUUUAGCAGCAACGCAAAGGCCCAAGCCCUUCAGGCCCAGCAAAGAGAGCAGGAGCUGACACAGAAGAUGGAGCAAAUGGAAGCCCAGCAUGAGAAAGCUGAAAGUGAACAAUUUUCAUUGCUGAGCUCCCAGAAUACAUUUAUGGCAAAGCUGAAGGAAGAAUGCUGUAUGUUAGCCCAGAAAUUGGAAGAAAUUACAGACAAAAACAGGUGUGAAGUUUCCCAUCUUGAUCAGGAAAACAAACACAUGAUAGAAAAACUGGGAAAGCUGCAGAAACGAAAUAAUGAAUUGGAAGAUCAGUGUAUCCAGCAUGGAAAAAUGCACGAGAGAAUGAAACUAAGGUUAAACCAGCUGGACAGGCACUGCCAGUCCACUGCCCAGCAGCUGGUGUUGCUCCUCAAGAGGCAGAAUGAGCUUUUCCUGGAGCGGCAGAACCUAACGGAAGAGGUGCAGAGUCUCAAGUCCCAGUUGCUCAGCGCGCCACAAUCUAGUUGCAGACCUGGAUGAAACACAGAAAUAAACCGUUUGCAAAGAGAUGUUUACAUUCAUCUAUUUUGUCUUACUGUGCUGCAGUACAUCAUGAAACUGUCUGUCAGUGCAGUGCCUCUUGCCAGGCCCCAAUGGAACUGGGGUCACGUCAGUUAGAAUACUUCUUACAACGUGGAUGGGCUGGAGUUGAGGUUUGACAUUGUGCUCUCUGCGUGCCUAUCAGCUUUCAGCACUGGUCUGAAGUAAUAUAAUACUUUUUGUAAUGAUCACUUGUUUACUCUUGUUACGUGUGUGAGAUUUAAUAAAAUUGACCAUUUUUUUAA